GAUACAUAAAAGCAGUAAACCUCGCCAAAAAUAAUUUUCUUUUUAAAACAACUUAAAAUCAGUUUAAGUGAAUAAAUCUAUGUGGAAAAGUUAAAUGAUAUUGCAUAAAAUUAUUAACAAGUAUUUUGCGGGCGAAAAAUACGUGUUUUGUUUGUUUUAAAGUGAUAUAAAUUUCGUGUGCUCUCACUGUCUGUCCCACAAAGAAAAGCACGUAAAGGUACGGUGGCACAGUGAACACGAAUGUGAAAGCAAAUUGAAAAUAUUUGUAAAUUUUUGUGCAACUGUUGGUUAUUUAUUGCACAAAUAGAAUCUCGUUGUUGGAAAAUAGAUCACGUAUCAAUGUGAAUGUAUAUAAUUAGUGUGCAAAGCAUAAUUGAGCGGUUCUAUGGUUUUAUUGCUUUCGGUCGAGUCCAUUGAUUGGGUGGCUGGAGAGAAAAAAGUGGUAGUGUUUUUGGAUGAGGGGAAAAUCUUAUUGGGGGGAGCCAUUGAAAUCGCGCCGAAAGGAAACUACAUGAAAUUACAACAAAAACACUUUUGACGUUUUAUGUUGUGUUUACUGGACGUCGAGGUGAAAAUAAAAUAAUUCAAUUGUGGUGAAUUAAAACGCGGCUAUCAUGCGCCGCCUGCAUAAAUAUAAAAGAAAACAAAAACAAAAAACCUGUUUAACAUUUAUUGAACUUUAAAAACAUGCAUAAUUAUAUAAAGAAACAUGCACAUGCAUAAUGAAUUCAAUAGUUAUUUACUUCAAAAACGUGCAUUGUAUUGUGACUUGUAUCAACCCUUGAAAUUAAGAAAAAAAACUUAAGCUAUGUGAAUUAUGUACACUUUCAAAACGUCGGCGAACCAAACUUAGCAAAUAAUUAUUAAACAAAAAAAUUGAAAUAAAAAAGUUCAAGCUGUUCCAUAACUUCAAGUUCAAAUGCAAAAUAACAACCCUACAUACAAAAAAUAGUUAAAUUUGUACAAUACACAAACAACGUCGCCAUCUGACACCAUAAUUGAUUAACUAACAAAAAUAUAAUGUCUCGUUGGGGCAAAAAUAUAGUUGUCCCUUUGGACGUACUUUGCAAAGGUGAGGAAAGUACCAAUCGUCCAACUGUGGCACGCUCCGUCGGUACGGUUGGUAAAUGGGGCAAAAUAGGCUUUACAUCCACCCGUACCUAUGCUUUAGCUGCAUUAUCACCAGCCGUAGCAGCGGCAGCUGCCGCCGCGGCUGCAGCAGCAAGUCCUGCUCAAAGUCCAGCAUCGUUGCUUGACGAUGACAUGUCACCAUCUGUACCGGAACCCCCAAAACCUAAGAAAUUUUUUAAAUCACGUAAUACGGCGCCGCCUGAAGUGAUUGCACAAAUAAUACAGAAUAUGCCUAGAACGCCGGCCUCGCCUAUACGUGAAAGUUUUUCGGCUGGAACUUCAAAUGCCGGUUCAAUUGGUACUCCUGUGCGUGAACCAAUUAAAUUGAAAUUACCAAAAGCAAAUUCCGGCGAGCGUAAAAAGAAAUCGCCGAAGAAAGCAGUUGCAAAGCAAACACCGGCGUUGGAGGAUGAUAAUGUCACUGGGGAUAUUGCUACGUUAGGUUCCAGUAAGCCGGUUAGCGAAACUAAGCAGAAAAAGAAGAAAGAGGAGAAGAAAUUAAAGCCCGAAGCAACUCCUUCGCGUGUUACUGCCCGUGCGCGCAAAGUGGUUAACUACUGUGAGGAUGAUGAAGAUGAACGCAUACCAACGCCACAAAAGGAUAUCAUAUAUCCGAAAAAUAAAUCUGUUAAAUCAGAUGAUACUGGCGUAACUAAUACGGAGGAUAGCUUAAAAAGUGGUGCGACUCCUACUGAUCCAGAUCUUCCACCUCCUGCAGCACCCGCACCACCAACAACUGUAAAUGCGACAUUGCUUGGAAGCGUAGCACCAACAUCGACGACAGUCGCAACUAGUUACACACCUAAGACACCUGAACACCCACCAAUAGUGUUGCGAAUUUCCAAGGGUACCUCUCGAUUGGUGAGUACGGAUAGUGAAGAACAACCUUUGAGCAAUAAUAUCUCAUCCCCACAUCAACUCUACGAUACCGAGCCAUUGAAAUCUCGCCAAGCCUCUACAGAAGAAGUUCCUUCCACGCACACGUCGUCGGUAUACAGUACGCCAAAGAUCAUUGUAAAACCACUGCGACCGCCAUCUCCCGAUCCAGUGUUGCCGCCGCCGCCGCCUACACUUCCCGCGCCUCAAACUGGCAACGUAUCGCAACAAAACUCUGAAGAUCCAUCCGAAAUUAAUUACUCAACAGUGAAGAUUUCACCGGAUAAACCGCCUAAGGAACGAUUAAAACUUAUAAUCAAAACAGACGUGAUACGCAACGCCAUAAAAGCAGCCGAGGCAGCCAAAGCUGCUGCAGCAGCACAGAAAGCCGCAGCCGCCGCUGAGUCGGGUAGUACCUCUGGUGGUGAACGCGAGAAGAAACAGAAAAGUAAAAAACAUAAACAUUUGAAACACGCCGCUUUAGAACAAGCCAAUAUUGCUGCGACAGGCAGUGAAUUUAAAACGCCGUCUCCGCAUCUGGCAUUUAGUGCACACAUAGAACAACAUCAACAGCCAACGUCCAUAGGACGUACUGUCAUUUCUCCUCCUGCUCUUUCGGAACGUGAUUUUGACUCACAAUCCUCUGUACUGGGCAGCAUUUCAUCUAAAGGCAACAGUACACCACAGCUAUUGGCGCAAGCGGUGCACGAAGAGAGUUGUGUGAUACAUAGUCGUGGUUCGAGUGUUAUAACCAGCGAUUUAGAAACGAGUCAGCAUUCCUCAUUGGUAGCGCCACCAUCCGAUAUAGAAUCACGUUUAGAAUCUAUGAUGAUGGACGGUGAAGUGAGUCAACGAGCAACGAAUUUGGUGGAAGAGCCAUUACAGGAAGAUAUAUUAGCCGUACUGCGUGGCGACGAAAGUCUGCAGUCUGUCGCUGCAGUUAAUCAAGAGUUCGAAGAACCCAAAGUAAACGGCGUAGCCGAGCCGAUGGAUGUUCCAGAUAUAGAAACAGCGACAGAACUUCAAAGAGAAGACGUCGAACAACAAAGUACAACAAAACGACGUGUCACACGAGGGAGAGGUCGAGGUGCGAGAGCAAACUAUGCGGAAGAUGAUGACGAAAGUAGCCAAUCGCCACAGAAAACACAACCGGUUACAACAACCAGAACACGAGGACGCAAACCAGCUGCUACUGUGGCGUCUGCUGCCGUUGGUGAGGAGACUACUAAACGUCCAACUAGAGGACGACCAAAAAAGAUAGCUGUUGUGACAGAUGACGCCACGCCACCAUCCGACAGCGAUGCAUCACCUGAAAAAGAUGUCACGGAAUCGGUCAACGUACCUACAGCAGAGGUUGCAUUACACCAAACCAACGAUAGUAUUGAGACACCGGCAAUCGCUGCGGCACCCGUCACUCGUCGUGGUCGCCAACCACGUAACAUUGGCAACAAUAAUAAUGUAAAUAAUAACAAUAACAAUAUUAACAAAAUAGCCGCCAGUCUGUCAGCGAAAGCAGGUGCCGCCGAAGAGGCAGCCGCAGCAGCAACCAAAAGUGGUGCCGCCAGUACAUCACCACUCACUGGCAGCACGCCACCUGCGCCGCGUAGUUAUGGCAGAAAGCGUAAGAAUCAACAAGUGACGCAAGUACUACAGCCAUCGGCCGAAGAACUGGAGGAACAACAACACGGCACACCCGCUAAAAUAGCCAACAUAGACUACCACGACUCGGCCGCAUCAAAUGAUUUGAACACUUGCAUUUCACCACAGUUAUCCGCGCAACUGCAAACCGCCUCAUUGACACCAACACUGGAACUGCAUGACAACAACUCCAAUUCCAAUUCGCUUACCCGUCCAGCAAGUGCAACACCGUCAUCGCCGCCACGGCGUGACUACAAAGUCAAAGACAAAUUCAAACGUACACUAACACUAGACAAUCAAGUAAAUUGCAAUGCAGUCGUCGAAUCGCCAACAGCUGGACUCUUGGCCGAACAUGUUGUGUACGGUGUCUGCAAUGAAGCAGCGACAGGUGCAAAUGGCGAAGAGGAGCAACAGCGUGGUUCUGUAAAACUUGUGAUCUCUAAGAAAAAAGGCAGCAUAUUUAAGAGCCGCGCACUUGUGCCACCCGAUCAGACCGAGCAAUCGGCGGCUUCUAAACGGCAUCUCUACAAACAUAGUUGGGAUGCCGAAGCGAAUGGCAGUCACACGAACAACGCGAACGCAUCACCACUGCAAAAGAGCGAAACACUUGCACCGACUGCGGCAACGCGCACAGCGGCCGAUGCGAUUUUCGAUGACUUCAGUGAGGACCUCAGUCCAAACGCGAUAUCGCGUGAUAAUAGUCCCGCUAUUGGCAAGCUUACACGAGUAACGAAAGCCAACAAUGCGCAAAUACGCUCCAACAGCCCCUAUGAUAUGGAUAUAGAUGCGCCGAGCGAUUCGGUGACGAGUGUGAAAGUGGAUCGCAAGGCUAAAGGCUUCUACACAGUUGUGCGCAAUGUGAAGACGGCGCAUCAAAUACAGGAAAUCGGUGAAUAUCAAGAGAUGGAUGACGAUGUCGAGUACAUAUUGGAUGCGCUGCAACCACAUAAUCCAACGCCGACGCGGUGCUUGUCCGCACUGCAACUAGCGUCCAAGUGUAUGAUACCCACGUUUCGUAUGCACGUGCGCGCACAUGGCGUGGUUACCAAGUUUUUCAAGGCGCUUUCUGAUGCAAAUAUGGACCAGAGUUUAGGUCUCUGUACAUCUGCAAUUAUGUUUAUACUCUCACAAGAGGGUCUAAAUAUGGAUCUCGAUCGCGACUCGUUAGAGCUGAUGAUGAAUUUACUCGAGUCGGAAAUUGUAGCAGCACCUUCGGAUCGCGCUACCUACGAACGUAAUCGUCAAAAGGUGCGUGAACUCUGCGAGGAAAUAAAGGCGCAAGGCAAAGCGGCUCACCUCAAUGUGGACACACUCACAGUCGGCACACUGGCCAUGGAAACGCUGCUAUCGUUGACUUCAAAACGUGCAGGCGAUUGGUUUAAAGAAGAGCUGCGCUCACUUGGCGGUCUCGAACAUAUCAUCAAAACUAUUUCGGACAAUUGUCGGCCGGUAAUUGAUUGCAAUAACGGCACUACGCAUAUACAAUGGUCACAAUCGUUACUCGACAAUAUGCAAACGGUGGAGCGUUGUAUGCGUGUGCUGGAGAAUGUGACGCAAUUGAAUGAGGAGAACCAACGGUAUGUGUUGACCUAUGGUCAAGGAGAGGCGGUACAUACACUAUGCUCACUAUUUACACUCUGCGAUCGUGAGAUAAUGCGCCAUGUAGCCGAGUCCAGCGAGCUUUCUGCCAAAGAUAGUCCCGGUGUGGUAAUGCGCGAACUCCUCUUCCCACUACUCAAAGUACUCAUCAAUUUAACGCACACAUUCAAUCCGACCAAAGCAUUGGGUGCUGAAAUGUUGGGUCAACGCAUUGCUGUCAUUGAGACCAGCUUCCGCCUGUUGCUGCAGGCGCCCAACUACAUUCCUGAACGUUGUGUCUUUGAGCUGAGUAUUCUGGUGCUGCUGUUGCUUAUCAACCUAACCAUGUAUACGAUACCUAAUCGUGUGGCGAUAAUGAGACUUUAUGCGCCACCCGAAUAUAGUAGUCAUCAACAUAAUAAGGUGACUGCCGUGCAAGCUGUGAUCGAGUAUUUCUAUAGAUGCGAGGAAUUGGCCAGAUUGGUCGAGAAGAAUACAGAUGCCAUUUUGGAUAGUACAGAUAAAAAUAAGAAGAAACAGGAGGAGGUGGAUGAAACUGUAAAUAACUUGUUGAAGAACUCUGGUCAUCACAUGGAGCACACCAUCAAGGGCAGUUAUGCUGCUCUGCUAAUCGGUCACAUAAUCACGGACAAUGAGGAGUACGAAACGCUAGUUCGUAGACAUUUACGCGGAAAUGGAUUCAAAGAAAUUGUUAGUGUGCUGGAGAAAUACUAUACAUUCAUGGAUCUGACUUGUUCGGAUGCCUCCGCAGUGGCGCACAUUAAGUCGACAAAGAAAUUAAUUGACUACUUCAAGAAACGUGAUUUGGUGUACGAAAUGAACGAAUCCGAUGACUGUGCGCUUCCCCUAAACUUAGAAACACAUCACGCUUCAACGUCGGCUAACAAUAUGACUAAUGCUGAUAUUGAUCUUAUGGGCAAUGGUGAUAGUCCGACAAUGACAGCAACACGUAGCGGCUCACAACGCGUUUAUAAAAGCUACAGUCAAAGAUAAUCACUACGAUCACUAGACAAAUUUGUUUUACACCACAAUAGUUGUUGUAGCACCAUUUGUUGCAUAUAAAUUUGGUUGCUGAAAUUUGCACUUUACGCGAAAUUACUACUUCUACUAAAAUUCUAACAAAAUAUUUCAAACUAUUAAUUGCAAUUUGGUUUUCUAUUUUAUCUUUUGGAGAUAAAAUUGUUCUUUUUUUACUAUAAAUAGUUUUAAUAUGCUCUAGAGUGUGUGCAAAUUAGAUGUAUAAUUUUAAAAGUUUUACUGCACAAUCAUUUAAUUUAAAUUUAAUGUGUUUUUUUUUUUAAAUAAUGCAUAUUUUUCGUAUAUACUAUAUAUAUUUUUAAUUACAAAAGUUAUAUGAAUGUAUCUAUAUAUGUAUGUAUUUUAAGUAGUCGAUAAGAUAAACUAAAAGUCAAACGUAUAAAUUCAAAUUAUUUUUUCACAUUUCUAAAACGACUAUUAUAAUUUGCUUAUAGUAAGUAUUACAUUUAUACUCAUUUAUGUGCAAAGAUAAGCUUUUGCUUUGUAUAUUAUACAUACAUACAUGCUAUGUUACGUAUAAGAAAGACACGAACAAACGGUUAAUAGGAUAACACUGAGGAUUGGUUAUAUAAAAGUAUAAAUAAGUGUCUACCUUUCUAAAAAAAAAACACAAAAAACAAAAACAAAAAAUUUAAAGUAACUGUAUUCGUAACUCUAAUUGUAAUUGUAUUUUUAAGCAAUAUUUCACUGUAAAUAACUUAGAAAUUGGAUAUUUCUGAUUUUAAUUUUACGCUAGUACGCACUUGUUGUUUGUGUGCGGCGAGUGUGUGAGUUAUAUAUAUUUACAUACAAAUAGACGGUUAGCGUUUGUUUUGUUAAAACAUUCGUA